AUGUUUGACAUAACAAAUGCGAACGUUGGUCAUACUCGUAAAGCUCUUUCGCAUGAUGUUCGUCAAGAGAUGUUUGACAUAACAAAUGCAAACGUUGGUGAAACAAGAAGAAGAGACGACACACUGAAACAACAGAGAAGAGAGAUGUUUAAAAGUGCUAUAGAACAAGUUCGCAAAGCUAAUAAUGUCAUUCGUUCCAUUGACGACAAACCAAAAGAAGGUGAGAGAUGGUUAAAGAAAGAUGAAGAGAAUAGGAAGAGAAAUGUGAAGUCAGGCAAUAGACUCAUUGACUUUAACAUCGAAGCUUUAGAUGAACCAAACAGAGAAUAUUUACACAAACAUUUCGGUAAGGUUUUCAUGAGACUCUUAGAGAAGAUUAAAAUAAACUCACAACAGAGAUGGAUGGUAUGUUAUAAACUUGGUGGAAAGUAUGAAUGUUCUACGUUAAACCUCAAUAAUAUUGGAACAUUACUACAUCAGCUCUUGAAGGAGAACUUUAUAUCAGAGAUAGAAGCAAAUGCUGCAGGUAUUGUUGAAAUGCACUAUGACUUCUUCUUGACAAACAUAAAGAAUCUUACUGAAAUAAAGAUGUAUGAUUUAACAGAAUAUGAAGGCUUAACGAUGUCAGAUGUAAAGAAAGGCAAACCAAAAAAGAGACCAUAUAGAGAUGAAAGCACACUGACAAAUGACCAGAAAGCCAUUUUGGAAGCUCUUAAGCAAACAGGAAACCCAGCACUUAUAGAAAGCUUUUGGAAAGAUAAUGGUGAAAAGAAGUUUUAUAAGAAGAGAAGCGGUCAGUUUGGUAGUAUCUUUGCACAUUACCUAUAA